AUGACUGCUGAAUAUCCCAACGUGACGUGCAUUAUCCUUGAUAUUGAGGGCACUGUAUGUCCUAUUUCCUUUGUGAAGAACCAGCUCUUCCCCUAUUUCCUUCAGCAGCUUCCGGAAACCUUGGCUGGGGUUUCCUUUCCCUUGAACUCCGCCUCUGACGAUCCUGUGGUCAAAAUCCUCUAUGGCUUUCUGGCUGAUGUCCGAGUCUCCAGCGAAGUGCUAGAGGCACACAUUACCGGCUUGGUCAGUAAUGAUGUCAAAGACGCCACGCUCAAAUCUUUGCAAGGCUACGUGUGGCAGACGGGCUACGACAAUGGAUCCAUUAUUGCACCACUUUUCACAGAUGCCGUUCACGCUAUUAAGACCUGGACUGCCGACAAGAGGGUGUAUAUCUAUUCGUCUGGGAGUGUACCUGCGCAAAAGCUCUUGUUCCUGCACGUGGCUGCGACCAACGAAGAGGGCCAGGAAGACUUGACCCCGUACUUGAGUGGCUACUACGACAUUACCACUUCCGGGCACAAGCAAGAGAAAUCUUCUUACGAAAAUAUCAUCAAACAUAUUGGGGUUAAGGGCAGCAAUGCUUUGUUCUUGAGUGACAAUGUGAACGAGGUCAGAGCCGCUAUUGCGGCAGGCUUGCGCGCCUCGAUUGUUAUUAAGCCAGGUAACUACGACCUCACAGAGGAAGAAAAGGCUUCUUACCCAAUCGUCCGUGAUUUUGAUGAAUUGAAGCUUUAA